AUGCUUCUUCUUCUUUUAUUAUGUUUCGAUGGACCUGGUAUCAAGUGUCAAGAAGAAGAGACAUUACCAAGAAACGAGGUUUUGGGUGAACCAACAGUCAGCUGUGCAGCCGAUGCGAUCUACGUGAAACUUCGAACGAAAUCCACAUUUUUGGGGCAUGUGGAUGUGAAGUAUACUCCGGAUAAAUCAUGUUUCCAGAGUCUCGUAACGAAUAAUCAAAUUGAGAUUCUGAUUCCCCAUGAGGAAUGUAUGGUGCCGAGACGAAGAAGUCUUCAUCCAACUGGAGUGAUUCUCGAAGUUUCUCUCUCGGUUUCAUUCCAUCCGGAAUUCACAACAGUCGAUGAUCGAAUCUUUAAUAUGCAAUGUUUCCAUCAGAAGAAAACGAAUGGAACAUCGAAUUCAUUGGCAAUUGGAUCUCCUCAACCUCCACCGACAGACUCAAAAGGACCCAGCUGUUCUUAUGAAGUUUUAUCAUCUCCUGAUGGUUUACCAGCUGGAAGAUUGGCUCUUGGACAAGAUGUUUAUCAUUCGUGGCAUUGUCAAAAUGUCUAUGAAUCAUGUAUUAUGAUAGAGAGUUGUCAAUUGAUUGGAGGAGAAGAAACUCACGAAGUAAUCGAUUCGUCUGGUUGCUCAAAACACGAAUCAAUCAUGCCACAACUCGAAUAUCAUAACCGUACUCAUGUCGGAGCUUCUGUGAAAGUAUUCGGUGUUUCUCACACUUCAAUUGUCUAUUUUGCAUGUCAAAUACGUCUUCAUCCACAACUUCCAACUGGAGAAUGUCCGAAACCGAAAUGCGAUUUAAUGAGAAGAAAACGAGAGGAUUCUUCUUCCCAGUUUCCAUCAAUCGAUGUUCGAAGUCAAAAUCUGGAAAUAUCUCAAUUGAUAAAUGUAACGACGCCAACUGAUUCUUUACCGAAAAUUGACACUGUUUCUCAAAAUACUUGUCCUGAUAUCCACGUGGAAUCUGCCCCAAUUGAAGAUUCAUCUGAAUCGAAAUCUGUUGAAGGAGAACGUAUUUGCGCAGAUUUCAGAUCAGUUCUCAUUAUCAGUAUACUGUUGACAAUGGCCCUGAUUCUAAUAACAACAACAAUUGUGGUUCUGAUCGUUCGACGACAAAAAUAUGAAAUUGCAAGCAUGUCCUGA